GCAGUUUGCUCUGUUGAUCUCUGCGAGCUUUGUGACCGUUGCAGCCAAUCGCCCCCCCAAUUUCCGUUCACCAUGCUUCAUCUUCUCGCCUUCUUUGUCCCUUUUGGACACGAACCUUACUCCCUCCUUUCCUUCGGAUCGUCGCUCGCGCGAACUAGUUCUACCCUUUCGUUAAAGAUUUUGAUGUCGGACCGGAAUUGAAACUAUUAGUCCAAGGAUAGCCUUGAAAUUCACACGUUUUUGUUACCGUUUGGUUGAUUUCACAGAGUCCCCCUCGUGCAGCAGUUUAUACGUACUUUGUUUGUUGAGCUCACAUGCCCGUAGGUGAGUUUCGUCGACGGAGUGAUCAGAUCCGGAGGAGAAGCGUCCGGGAAAUUUGGAAAUUCUGGUUCGAAGAGUGCACGCGCGUGUUUCUUGGGAAUUGCAUUGUUGUGCUCUGCUGAAGUAGCAGUUGAGCCUCCGCGCUUUGUGUAUGAGAGGGAGAAGCGCAUGAUCGAGAGGAGGGGCGUAGGAAUUUAGUAGACAUAAGAGGCCUCUAUUGUCAGCCAUGACUGUGGCCAUUGAGAGAGGCGGAGGAGCUCAGCUUACGCGCGUUAGGGGUAGAGAGGAGAAGAUCUUUGUCACGGUACGAGUGAGACCUCUCAGCGCGAAGGAGGCUGCCCGCGGUGACGUUUGUGACUGGGUGUGCACUACUGACAACACAAUAGCAUUCGAACAUGCGCUCCCCGAGCGGUCACCAUUCCCUGCCGCAUACUCAUUUGAUCGUGUCUUUGGACCUGGCAGUCGAACACAGAGGGUGUACGAAGAAGGCGCUAAAGAUGUGGCUCUCUCAGUCCUCGCUGGACUCAACUCUACGAUCUUUGCAUACGGCCAAACCAGCAGCGGCAAAACGUUCACAAUGAGAGGAGUCACCGAGAGUGCGAUUGCUGAUAUCUUUGAGUAUAUUCAACGAGACUCCGAGAGAGAGUUUGUUCUGAAGGUUUCAGGUCUUGAAAUCUACAAUGAGGUUGUGAAGGACCUAUUAGCCUCUGACAAUGCUCCUCUAAGGCUGCUUGAUGACAAAGAAAAGGGUACUGUUGUGGACAAGUUGAAAGAAGAGGUUGUCCGUGACGUUAGUCACCUGCAGCAGGUGCUCAAGAUUUGCGAAGCCCAGAGGCAAGUUGGAGAGACAAGCCUUAAUGACGUGUCCUCUAGAUCGCAUCAAAUCAUUCGAUUGACAGUAGAGAGUCACCCAUAUGGAGUUGCUCGAGGGAGUCCAGCAACUUCAUUACUCGCAAGCCUGAAUUUUGUGGAUCUGGCUGGAAGCGAGAGGGCAUCACAAACUAAUGCUGAUGGAGCCAGGCUGAAGGAAGGAGCUCACAUUAACCGCAGCUUAUUAACUCUAAGCACUUGCAUUCGUAAGCUAAGCGGAGGGAGCAAGACCAAAGGGGGACAUAUACCCUACAGAGAUUCUAAGCUAACGAGGAUUCUUCAGCACUCGUUGGGGGGGAAUGCGAGGACUGCUAUUAUCUGCACUAUGAGCCCCGCUCACAGUCAUGUAGAGCAAUCACGUAACACCCUUGCAUUUGCAACGAGGGCGAAGGAAGUAACAAACACCACACAAAUCAACAUGGUUGUGUCCGACAAGGUACUGGUUAAGCAGCUACAGAAAGAGGUGGCAAGGCUUGAGGCUGAGCUGAAAGUGCCUGACGUAGUCACAGCUGACAUUUCAUCAUCUGAAGCACUUCUUCAAGCUAAAGAUCUCCAAAUUCGCAAGAUGGAAGAGGAGCUUAGGGAAUUGCAACUCCAGCGUGAUGCUGCUCAGUCUCGACUUGACGAGGUCAGUAGGAAGCUGGAAGCGGAAGAGCUGGCCAAGAAACAAGCGGAAGAGGCAGCCAAGAAGUUCGCAGAAGAGGCAGCCAAGAGAACUCCAUCCACUCCUGGACCUCAACCUAAUCUCCGCACUCCUCUUUCCAUAUGUACGAAUCGGAGAAGGUGGUCUGAUUCGGGUGAUUAUCUUAUCCGAAAACUGGAAGUAGAAAACCAGCAAACUCGGUCUCCUCCGAGCACUAUCCGGCCCAAACGACCAAACAUGUCUGUCAGGCAAUCUACUGCCGCUUCGGUUUUGCUCGUACAAGAGAUUCGCAAGCUUGAAAACCUGCAGGAUGAAUUGGGAGAGGAUGCCAAUCGAGCUCUUGAGGCUCUUCAGAAGGAAGUGGAGUGUCUAAGGUUAGCCCAGGCUGGCAUGAACCAUGACGCCACCUCUACAGUUAAGAAACUUCAGGACGAGAUUCAAACUAUGCACAACCUUCGUGCCACAGCCUCGAGAUUUAAAAGCUUUGAGAACAAGGAAGAUGUAGCCAGUCUCCGCCAGUCCAUUAGCUUGAACCCUGCAACACUGCGGCAAGAGCUCUCUAGACUGGGAGAAAAAGAUAAAGCAGACGCUAAUGCUGCCAUAGCAACCCUUGAGAAGCAACUGGAGAGUGUUCAGAGGUCUUUAGAUAAAUUGAUCCUUGCCAAUGAAUCCGAGUCACCUAAGGAACCAGGAGAUCCACCCGGGACCCCUUCUCGCAAGACUGAUGUGCCUUUGACCCCAUCUGCCGGCAUUGCAAGGCAGCGCCUUACCCCUGACACUACUUGCUCCCCAGCUGCCCGGAGGAGCCUAAGAUACAGUAAUGCUGAAAACAACGAAAAUGCCCCCCCGCGAACGCCGCGUGAGAAUAUUCCUCAGCGUGGAGAUCAUGGAACCCCUCGAGGAAAUGGACAUCACAAGCAAGUAGCUUCUCCCGCGUCGUCUGAACUAAACACUAGCCAGUCCAAAGGAAGCCCUGGCGGUGCACAAAAGAGGUCCAAUUCGGUGGACAUCAUUAAAAUGAAUAAUUUAUUUAAGACUGCUGCCGAGGACAACAUAAAAAGCAUCCGUUCCUAUGUCACGGAAUUGAAGGAACGUGUAGCGAAACUUCAGUAUCAGAAACAACUUCUUGUUUGCCAGGUUCUUGAACUGGAAGCCAGUGGGACCCACGAGGAGGAAGAAGAGGAAGAUGAUCUCAACGAUGGUGAACUAGGCCUGGAGGCUGUAAAAUCACCUGGCAGUUGGACAUUGCAAUUUGAGCAGCUACGAGCACACAUCGUAGAGUUAUGGGAUAUUUGCAAUGUUUCCAUCAUUCAUAGAACUCAAUUCUUCCUUCUAUUUAAGGGAGACGCUUGUGACGCCAUUUACAUGGAAGUGGAGUUGCGCCGCUUGACCUGGCUGCUAGAGAAUUACAACGCCGAAUCUCAAUCCAACGAAUGCAAUGAUAACACUAUGGAAGAGCAACUAAUACCUGGCAGCCCCAACUUCUCCAACAGUGUCAAAUCUCUGAAGAAAGAGAGGGAACUUCUAGCGAAGCAAAUGGCGCGAAGAAUGACGACUGAAGAAAGGGAAGACCUGUACAAGAGAUGGGGCGUUCCUCUUGACGGGAAGCAAAGGAGGCUCCAGCUCAUCUACAAGCUGUGGAUGGACCCCCAUAAUCUCGGCCAUGUGCAAGCCAGUGCGGAAGUAGUAGCGAGGAUUGUGGGUGUUGUCAACCCGGGAUCUGCCCCCAAAGAGAUGUUUGCGCUCAACUUCGCUCCUCCAAACCAUGUUGAGAGACCAAGCAUGUUCGGAUGGAAUGGUCUGUCAGCUCUGCUUAACUUUUAGCACCUGGCGAAACCUUGAGCUCUUCUUUACACUGCUUCAGGUAUACUUUAGUGUUUUGAGUCAUGUAUGAGGUACGACUGAUUUUCGUGCUGAAGAUUACGGAUACCUCUGUUCUUUAAGACGAAGAGGAAUUGUAAAGAGGUCCCACUGGCCCAUGUAUCAUGUAUACUAAAGAAUUUAACUGUCAUGAUAAUUAAUUGCAGUUCUAGCUGAAACUGACCUUUACCUCACUCCUCUCGAGCUUGUGUACAGCGGUACCCUCUCUCAUGUGUUAAUGGAAGCAGUCAGGGCAGAGAGUAAGAGGUUCCUUACUGACUUCAUAAUCGCAUUGUACGUAAAAAGAUAUCUCAGUAAACGAAUAUCUGCUCCUCGGAGGAAGCCGAGAUAUCUGAAUUCUGUUAGUAUUUCAAA